AUGAUAAGGAAGUUGCCUGAGGAUGUCGGGAAGAGGAUCAGGGCACAGCGGUCUGUCCAGAGCAUCUAUAUUGUGGUGAAGGAGCUGAUCGAAAACGCCAUUGAUUCAGGAUGUACGUGGAUAAGGAUACUGGUGGAUGACGCCAUAACUGUCGAGGACAAUGGAUGUGGAAUUAGCGAUCUUGACAAGGUUGGGGUUGAAGGAGCAACCUCAAAGGAGUCCAUGGCAUACUAUGUUCUGGGCUAUGCUGACAGGGUGGAGAAGUUUUCCUAUGGAUUCAGAGGACAGGCCCUCAGCUGUCUUGCGGAGGUGUGCGACCUGGAGAUCAUUUCUAGAUCGGAGCAUUCGUUUGCGCUCAGGAAAGACUUUUCGACCAAUGCCAUUUCGAAGUGUGCCAGGGAGAGAGGCACGACAGUCCAUGUUCGGAACCUGUUUAAGAACUGCCCGCUAAGGAGGCCCAUGGCAGAUAGCGGCCUGAAGAGGGACCUAGGGAAGAUCUGCAGUCUGAUUGAGUCAUAUCGAUGUGCUAACAAGAUAAACUUCACUCUGUUUCACAAGAGAAAGGUUCUUCUGAGCUGUGGGGGGUAUGAAACGGUAAGAGAGUACUUCGAGUCCAACUACCCCUCCUUUGCCGGGAAGUGCAUGGAGGUGUGCAAUGGGCAGAUGGAUCUCUUCAUGCUUCCUGUGUGUGUCAAGGAGCCAAAGCAGCUGAUGUUCUCGGAAAGAAGGCCCAUUUCUAACAGAAGGAUACUGAAUGCAGUAAAGAGCGAGUUCGGUCUGUAUGUUGAGGGAAGCCCGACGUUUGUGCUGGUGAUCAAGGGAUAUGGGGACGUAAACGUAUCUGCAGACAAGAGUGAGGUGAUAUUUGCAGACGAGGCAGGGAUCCUGAACCUCCUCAGGUCGGAGAUAGGAAGGUUCUUCUCUUCAGAGAUGUAUCUGAACCCUGCGAGCGCCGUUAGAAGACAGAAAAGCAAUGUGCAGGAGAGGAGCGAUGCUGGCGAAGACAGCCGAGAAGACCUAAUGGCCAGAGGAUCCUCCAGAAUCAGCGAAGACUUUCCUUUUCUGAAGCCUGCUAAGACAACCAUCCCUCAUAGAGAAAAGGCGCAGCAACGGAGUGCUGGGCCGCCUGAGGGCAUGGAGAGCAGCAAAGAGUUGCUGCCAGAAGAGACUGUGGGGAUAGAAAACACCAAGGUAGAGACCGUCUCCUCCAGUCCUUUGAAAGAGCAUGAGUCUCCUCCAGAGACAGAGAAGAAGAACGAAGAGGUUGGAAGCAAAGAGAACUUUGCAGCAGGGGCAUAUUCGUUCUUCAGGAACGAUGAGCUCGUCCAGUCAAAGAUUUCGUUCUCAAAGGGGGACUUUGGCAGACUAGAGAUCAUAGGGCAGUUCAACAAUGGAUUCAUCAUCACAAAGCUGGAGAAGAACAAGAAGACAUAUCUUGUGGCGGUGGAUCAGCAUGCAGCCGACGAGAUCAGGAACUUUGAGGACAUCAAGAAAACAUUCUGUCUGAAGAAACAAAGCGUGAUAUCUCCCGUGAAGCUGGAUCUCACACCGAUUGAGGAAAUGGUUGUUAGCGACAACGUAGAACUGUUUGAAAGAAAUGGAUUUGUUGUAAAGGACGGGAUGCUCGAGACCGUUCCUGUGUAUAAGAACCAGACGUUUGGGAUCAGGGAGUUUCGAGAGCUCCUUGAGGAUGUGAAGAAUGAAGAGUACGAGUUCAGAAAGGCCCGGAGUAUAAUCGCAUCCAAGGCAUGCAGAACAAGUGUAAUGAUAGGCGAUGUGCUUUCCAUGGCAGACAUGAAAAGAAUAGUAAAGAGCCUUGCAUCCCUAGAGAGGCCCUGGAAAUGUCCACACGGCAGACCCACGUUCAUGGUGCUGAACGAGGCAGAGGCAUAG